AUGGCCGACGUCUUUGCAGAAAAAUUAGCACAUUUCACCACUUCCACUUCAAAAUAUUUCACAGAUUUCAAGAAAAAUCGCCAGGUUGGAUCUGAAUCGACGUCUUCAAUAGAACUAUGCAGAACGGAACACAAUCACUAUGUACAGAUGCCUCCUCUCGAACAAUACAUGGGAUCUUCCGUAGAACAGCGGCGUCAAUUAGUCUACCAGACUUUAAAAAUAGGUGAUAUUGUUGAUGGAAUUGUAACCUCGAAGAGGCCCUUUGGAUUAUCUGUGUUACUUCUCAGUCUCUAUAAUCAUCGCCAACUCCAUAUGUCCAACUUGGAAAUUUAUGCUUCAUGUCAUGCGUCCGAAUUUGAAAUUUAUCCGGAUAAACCCGUUCAUUCUCGAUUAAAACAGAUUGAAGAUUAUGCAGUUGAUGAUUUCGUAAGAGGAGUGAUCUAUAAAAUUGACAUUUCCAGUGAUGAAAUUAUGAUAUCUCUACAGCAAGAAAAACUCUUAAAACUAUUCAAGAACGUUACUCUUGGAAUGAUUGAAAAAGCUGAUAUUCCAUACUUUUGCACAGAAAAAAUAAUGAAGAGUCGAGAUACCAAUUGGGAAGACUAUAACCAGUAUCUAAAAAAGCAACCGGCUUUUUACAAUACAAAGAGCAUCAAUACUUUAUCCAAUCUUCUAGGAAUCGAUAAAAAAGCUAAAAUAGCUUUCCUUAAUGAGCAGCAAAGAAUGGCCAAUGAAGGUCACUUUGAAGCUGCAAUAGAUUCCUUUGAAGAAGCACUGCAACUAAAUCCUAAGCAUCGGAAUGGUUUAAAAUAUCUAUGUGAGACGUUGCAAACAAUGGCUGAAAGAUCAAUUAAUGAUCUUGAUUACCGUACUGCAAGCAAGUUUUAUGAAAAAUUAUUAAAGUACAAUCCAGCCAAAGAAGCAGAAAUCGGGAAUAAACUAGCAUUGUGCCGUGAAGCCAUUCAUAAGCGUGCUGCAUCAAAAAUGAAUUCAUCCAAAGAUAAAGCAGCAUCGCGCAUACGUCAAGAAAGCAGUACUAACACGAGUAAUCUCCACAACAUUAAAAAAAUUUUAGCGGCUGAAAAUUUAUCACCAAAGUCUCAUAAUUCUUCUAAAAAAAAAAAGAAGAAAAAGAAAUCAAAGAAAAAGAUAAAGCGCAAAAAGAGUGGAAUUAACAGCUCAUGUGAAGACUUUGACAAUGAUUAUGAUUACAAUGAUAGAAAACAUAGUAAACAUCACAAACAUAAAUCACAAAAGCGAAAGCGGCAGCAGGAUAAUUCGUCAAAUAGCGAUAGUACUACGGAUUACGCUAGCAAUAGUAGCAGUAGUGCUGAAAAAAAGAAAAAAAGAAAAUAG